AUGAGAAUUGACCGGAGGCUUGAUUUUUAUGCCACUGGAAUCUAUUGGAGUUCUGUUGUUGAUUUCUGUGGGAAGCAGGACUGGGAAUCUGCAAUUAGAGUUGGUGUGCUGGAUUGUGGGGAAGAAGAGAACUAUGAGACGUGCAAAGAAUAUGGUAUUCACUAUUACCCAACUUUUAGGUACUUCAAAGCAUUUACAAAGCAGUUUACUACUGGAGAAAAUUACAAAGCAGGAGCAGAUCGAGAGCUGCAAACAGUUCGUCAGAUGAUGAUUGACUUCUUACAGAACCAUUCCCAAGAGUUGAGACCGCCUGCUUGCCCGCCAUUGGAUCCAGUUUCGUCUGGUGAUAUUACUUCUCUUUUUGACAAGAACAGCCAUCAUUAUACUGCUGUUGUGUUUGAAAGUAAUAACUCCUACGUUGGACGAGAGGUUAUCUUAGACUUGAUCCAGUAUGAAAACAUCAUUGUAAAGAGAGCACUGAAUUUUGAUAAGCCUUUGCUUGAGAAACUUGGUAUUACCUCAGUCCCUUCAUGCUAUCUGAUACAUCCAAAUGGGUCCCAUGGAUUAAUUAACAUUUUGAAGCCCCUACGGUCUUCCUUUUCUUCGUAUUUAAAGUCACUGCCAGGUGUAAGAAAAAAACUUCUUUUGCCACUUCAGCUACCUGUUCAGGAAAACAAAGAGGAGAGUACGGAAAUCAAGGUGUGGAAAGAGUUUGAUAAAUCCAAGCUGUACAUGGCUGACCUUGAAUCGGGAUUGCAUUACCUGCUCAGGGUAGAGCUUGCUACGCACAAGACACUUGAGGGAGCUGAGCUAAAGACCUUCAAGGAUUUUGUUACCAUCUCUGCCAAGCUUUUUCCUGGCCGUCAGCCUGUGGUAAAGUUGUUAGAGACCUUGCAAGAGUGGCUGGUGAGCCUUCCAUUAGACAAAAUCCCUUACGAUGCUAUCCUAGAUCUGGUGAACAACAAAAUGCGGAUUUCUGGGAUAUUUCUCACUAAGAAAGUUCAGUGGGUCGGAUGCCAGGGCAGCAGACCGGAGCUGAGAGGUUACACCUGUUCCCUUUGGAAGCUGUUUCAUACUCUAACUGUUCAAGCUGCACUGCGACCAAAAGCUCUGAUAAACACAGGUCUUGAAGACAAUCCCCAAAUCGUACUUCAGAUCAUGCGGAGAUACAUUCACCACUUUUUUGGAUGCAAGGCUUGCGCUCAGCAUUUUGAAGAAAUGGCUAAAGAGUCCAUGGAUUCCAUUAAAACCUUAGACAAGGCUGUUCUCUGGCUCUGGGAGAAACACAACGUGGUGAAUAACAGGCUCGCAGGUGAUUUGACUGAAGAUCCAAAAUUUCCCAAAGUUCAGUGGCCAACUCCAGACAUUUGUCCUGCGUGUCAUGAAGAAAUUAAAGGAUUACACAGUUGGAAUGAAGCCCAAGUUCUACAGUUCAUGAAGUAUCACUAUAACAGUGAAAAUAUUCUAUAUAAAUACACUGCAAGCCAGACUGACUCCAGUGAAACAGAACAGGGGGAUACAAGAGAGGUGAAAGACAAAAACCCACUGAAGAAACCAAGCGGAAACAGAGAAAAUAAGAUCCAGGAUAAAGAGAACAUACUAGAUUCAGAAUCGAAGGUGUUAGAUAAGUUGGUAGCAAAUCAUGGACCUGUCAAAGAUAACGGUAAAAGCGCAGUUGGAUCAGCUGGCCUUAAAGAGACAAAGCAGGCCAUGUCUUUCUUAGGGAUUGGAUUUUCAAACAUAGACAUGAGUCUGUGUGUCAUACUGUAUGUAGCAUCAUCCUUAUUUUUAAUGAUCAUGUACUUUUUUUUCCGAAUGAGAUCAAAACGGUGGAAAGUGAAGUAUUAUCGUUCAUCUGUAUAAAAUUGGAAACUAAGUUUUCGUUGUACGUGGCUGUUCAGUACCAGAUACAGCUUUAAUAUUUAUGAUCAGGGAUUUUUAUAUACAGUAUUCCUUGUUUCAGAACCCUUUCUUCCCAAGUCAUUUCACAAGUGUUCUAGCUUAAUAUAAGGAGCUCGCCCUAAGAACCCUAAUCUGUAACAGAGGCACACAGUGCUGUCGUAAAACGUCCACUGAAGGAAGCAUUACAUUUUUCAGUUCAGAUUUUUCCGUGACUCGCCACCUACAUCCUUUACUCAUUUUCAGAGUAAACAUUGCAUUAUGCAAUCAACUGUGCCUGGUGUAGAAGGAAAUUGGAUAUUGUUUUGUGUACUUCAAGUCAGGUUUGUUUUUUUGGUGUUGUUUUUUAAUUUAUCCAAGCUGAUUUUACCUACCAGAAUACUGAGUGGUUAUGCUGUUACUUUGACUGCUUCAUUUGGAGAAGCAAGAAUUCUUUUUUUUUUUUUUCAGGAAACAAGAGUUCUAUUCCCAUUAAAUCAAUUCUAAAUCCAUGUGACUUUCUGAAAUAUUAUUUACACUGCAUAUUUAAAGUAGAAAGCAUUACAUGUUCAAAUAAGUCUUCCGUUCUCUUGUGAGUUCCAGCCAAGGAUGCGUAUGUGUCUCCUAGGAUGGGAGUUUUGGGGCAUUUUGUAUCUCAAUUAGCAGCCUGAUUCUGACUGCUAAUGCUGUCAUCCAUUUUGAUGAAUUUUAGAUGUCAGCGAGGUAGUCUCAGACCCAGCGCUUUACUUGUUCCUCCAUUGGACGUGGUAAUGGAGCAUUAGAUAACUCCCCUCACUCCUUUGUGAUCCAGAAAAGUAGCUGAGUAGUUACUGUGUUACCCAGAUGGAAGCCAAUUCUGUUGAACUCUAGUAAGGGGAAACCAUGUUUUUAGUGGAGGACAGCAAAAUUUGCAUCAGCGUGCCAGAACAGAUUUACAGAUCUGAAAAAUCAGUUUUUUAUGAUGUUGGAAAACUCCUUUACAAUAUAGGAAUUUUUUUGUGGUGAGGUGGAGCAAACAUUUGGUAUUUCCAGUCUGAAGCUCGCAGUCUCCCCUGCUCCCUGUGAAGUUGUCUGUAGAGUGCUUGGAAGAACAGCCCGUUGCUGUUGCCCUUCUGCUGGAGGGCUCCUGGGUUUGGGUCCAGAAGGGUUUCACUGAUGGUUAAAUCCGAGAGCUGCUCCCUUCUGGGAUGCAGCAGCGCUUGGGAAUAUGGCAGUUGCCUUCGCAGGGCUGGUGGGGUCCUGGCUGGCAGCAAUUAGAAGAAACCAUGAAAACAGUUACAAAAUUCCCCCUUGGAAUAGGAGUUCCUGUCUGAGCCUAGCUGGGAGGAUAAUUCACGUCCUGGAUAGUGAAGUUUAUAAUCCUAUCCAAUGUAAUUGAGCAUGUUCUGGUUAUCCAUUACCUAAUCUUCAGUUAAUCCUAAUAGGUUUUGGCCUCAAUGUUUUCUCGUGGCGGUGAGUUCUACAGAUUAAUUAUGUUAUAUAAAAAGGCUUUUCCUUUCAUUUCGACAUUUGCAACUUUUAAUUUAAUUGAAUGUUUGCUAGCUCUUCAGUUAUGCGUGAAGGAAUAAACAGUCCCUGGCCAAUUCAUUGUAUUUAUACCAUUGGUGCGUCCUCCUCUUAUUUCCAUCAUAAGCCCUAGCAUAAAAAGUUUAAAGCCUAGCAACAGGAAUGGUCUAAAAGCACAAAAACUCAACAGAGAUAUGGGGGGGUUUUUUUCUAAUCAAAUCUUCUUUGAACAUUUCUGACAUGAGUUUCUGCGGCUUCCACUUGGAACAACAAAAUUGAGCUUCAGAGAUUUACUGUCCCUUGUUCCCUAAGUUUAUCAAAAGAACAUACACAGAGUAAUAACCUGUGGUUAUUGUAAACGUGUCAGAGGGAAAAAAAAAAAAAUCUCCACUGACGUGACACCGUUAGCCUGCUGUACAUGGAGAGGCUCAUUAUCUCUGGUUCCCUUAAGCCGUCUUCACUGUUUGUUGUGCGUGUGCCCGAUGGCUCUUGCUCCAGUGGGACAGACUUGGCUCUGCACACUCUGGGUGAAGCUGGGGGCCAGCUCCUGCCUUCUGCCACCUGCUGCCUCCGCCCAGCCGAGCGCUGCCGGGAGCACCCGCAGCAACUUUGUUGUUUCCCUGGGCUAACGGGAAAACCUUGAUUUUGACGUUGUCUGCCACGUUAAGGCAGGCCGUGCUUAAGGACCCUCACUGCUCAAGAGUUCUGGCACAAGGAGCAAUCAUGGGUCUGUUCUCUUUAGGAAUAUAAUUACAGCACCUGGGCUUGAAUAUUAAAACAGGUUGUAAGUAGCCAGAAAGAUAGAGAACCAGUGGUGGAAGGUGGUCCAGGCUGGCUCGUCAGUGCCACUUGCUUUGUGCUGGAAUCCAGUGAAAGGUCCCAGGAGGAGGCUUGUUAGGAAAGCCCAGAGUUCCCAAUUUAAUUAAAAAACUCAGGCAACUUUUAAGUGGCCUAAUUCAGGGAGACAUUAAUACCUGCCAAUAGGCAAAGGACGUUUAACUCCUGA